UGCUUAAUCCGUUGCUUGCUUUUUCUCGUUCGUUGAAUGGGCUUGUUUUUCAUAUUCUCCUACCUUGUAAUUACAAACGGCGUGGGUUUUGCACCAUUUCAUCUUACUAGAAUAUUAUAAGAGUUUCAAACAUGCGUAAACGUAAGUCAUUGAAGAAAGAUGACGAAUCCGAUGGAUCAGACGGAGGAGUGGAACCAGAAGAGUUCCAAGAUUCAGGAGAAGAUUGGACGCCGGAUGCCGAUUCGAAUGAACAGCCAGCUAGGGCAGGGCGGAAGCGUACAUCUAAGGGAUCCCUAAACAACUCUAAAAAGAAGCGCAAAAAUGACGAAUCAUCCGAGGAGAGUGAAGGUGAAGGAGAGGAGGAUGAGGAGGGGGAGGACGACGAGGGCGAGCUGGACGAGGAGGAGGGCUCGGACGAGGAGAAGAAUGGAUCAGACGGAAACAAAUCUGACUCCAGCCAAUCUAAAGAUGUACCAAAGCAUUUCCAUUCUGGAAAUUUUGUAUUGUUGAAGUCUGAUGUUAAAUGGGAUGGAGACACAGUAAUAUCAAAACUGGAUGAACUAAACUUGUGGAAAAUUGAUGGAAAAGCAUUACUCCAGAAAUUUAUUCCCAUGGAAUCUAAUGGAAAAAUUUUACACAAGUGCACCUGUGUGUAUUCUGGAUGGAAUGUCGACAACAGAGAAAAUUAUUACCCUAUUACUGAAAUUUUGGAUAGGAAUCCACGCACAGAGUCUAAGGAAAUAUGUGUAGCUCUAGAUCUUAAUGAUCUUAUCAAAGUAAGGGAUAAGUAACUUCAUGGUGUUUUUACUUAAUUCAAUUAGAUAAGUGGAAAUAAAUUUAUCAAAUAAAAGUUUCCUUUGGCACUUCAUUCCAGUUUACUUUAUGUAAUUCAAACAUUUUAUAUAAAAUGGGGAUUAAAUGAAUGUUCAGUACA